AUGGCACCUACCAUCGACGGCAUCGGCGCUUCGAGCAAUCUUUGUACUACUCCAACAUGUCUCGAGAUCGCUUCUGGCAUUAUUCAGAGUCAUGCCCCCAACUACACGGAAAUCGAUCCGUGCACAGACUUCGAUAAACUUGCAUGCUCUGGAUACCAGUCCAGACAUGCGCCAGGGGCAGGUUCCGGCAGGGCCGCCCCUUUCAGCGAAACCACUGAAGAGAUCGCAGUUAUCAUGAAGAACAUUCUAGAAGGCCCCUAUCCAUCCGGAGCGGAUUCUGGUUUUAUUACAGCGUCUUUGUCCAAAGACCAGAUUCCAAUAGACCAGGACAAUUUCAAGCUCAUUACGGAAGCAUACAAUGCUUGCUUAAAUAACACUGCCUUGGAAGCUACGGGAUUAAAGCCUCUUCUAAGCGUCAUUGACCGCAUCGCGGAAGCUUUUCCUGUUUCCAGCGAAGGCAAAGAUCCUCAGCGGAAGAUAAGCAAGGAUGAUGCUUCAGAAUUGGGUAAAGUGCUCCUGUUCUUUGCCAAAUAUGGUAUCAGCACAUUUGAAUCAGUUGGCGUGGACUUUGACGACGUCAACCCGCAUCAAACAAUCAUCUCAAUUCUUCCAGGUGGCUUGCCUCUUCUCACUGGUGAAGAAUCCGACCAGACACUAGCAGAUUAUGAAGAUGUCAUGGCCUCAGUACUGCAAGCAGUCCAUCCAGCAAAUCUCUCUCGUAGUGAUUCACAAAAGCUUUCACAUAUUGUAACGAAGUUCGAAAGAGACCUUCAAGCCCUCGAGAAAACGGAUGAUAGUCGUGAGGGAAGAGACAAGCCAGCAAGGAAAUUCAAGCUGGAAGAUGUCACCCGGACAGCUCCAGAGCUUGAUCACGGUAGCAUAAUUAAGGCUCUCGUACCACAGGACUACACCCCAGAGCAACUGGUCUUCUCCCCCGGUUACUUCGGCAACCUUUCUCAACUUCUUUCCAACACAACUGCGGAAACGUUACAGACAUUCUUCGUCUGGAGAGCAACCACAGCACUCUCUGACUAUGUCGUAGCUGAUGUCACGACCCGUUUAAAUGAAAUGAUGUCUACGCUUGGCGGCUUGGAUCCUGCUGUUGUCGGGAAAGCACCCCGAUGGAGACGAUGUGUCAGCACUACUAACUCUGGGCCUACAUGGACCCAAUUCCCACCUGGUCUCGGCUGGAUUUCCAGCCGCUUCUUUCUCGACAAGGCAUACUCCAAGGAAGCCCGUGAACUUACGACAAGUCUUAUGAGUUCUAUUCAGAACACAUUCAUUGCUCGUCUUGGUGAUAAGGACUGGCUCUCUCCCGCCGUUAAGAAGACCGCCGAGGAAAAAGUGAAUGCCGUCACUAAGAAAAUCGGCUACCCAGAUUUAUCCCCAGAAACAAUGAACCCGAAGAGCCUUUCGGAUUAUUUCUCUGGUGCAUCAAUUGGCAGCUGCUAUCUUGACAAUAUGCUCUCACUCGCUGCCGUUUCAACCAACCGGACAUGGUCCUACCUAGGCAAGCCUGUUGACAGGGCUCUUUGGCUUACGAUGCCAUCGGUGGUUAAUGCAUACUACUUCCCAACAUUUAAUGACAUUGUUAUUCUGGCGGGUGUCCAGCAGAAACCACUGUUUGCUGUUGGGUACCCAUCAUAUCUUAAUUACGGCAGCCUCGGGUCAGUUCUUGGGCAUGAACUAACACAUGGAUUUGACAACAACGGACACAAUUAUGCACCCAAUGGAUCGCUGGUGAACUGGUGGGACGAUAGCAGUAUCAAGGGGUUUGAAGAGCGAACGAAGUGCUUCGUCGAUCAGUACCAGAAUUUCACCCGUCUGUCGCCUAACGGCACACUUGUUCCUGUAAGAGGCAAUUUCACGCUCGGCGAGAAUAUAGCUGAUGCAGGUGGGGCGGCAACCUCAUAUGCAGCGUGGAAGCGUGCCCAGGCGGACGGAAAGGUUCAAGACUUUGAUCUGCCCGGCUUAGAGCGUUUUUCGCAUGAUCAGCUGUUCUUCCUCCAGUGGGCGCAGGGCUGGUGUGAAGUUACGGCAACAAGAGAGUACGACAUCAUGCUUCUGAUAAAAGACCCCCAUUCCCCUGGUUUUGCGCGAAUCAAAGGCCCCUUGGAUAACUCUAGGGAGUUUAGGAGGGCUUUCAACUGUCCUAACCAGAAACCAACAUGUGAAUUGUGGUAG